GUGUGGGACAUGAUUUCAAAGUUUCACCAUCGACUGCAAUCCUCAUUCACAUCGUCUCCUGGCAGACACGAAGGAGCCACUUUACCAUGGACAAUUCAAGCUAUCAGCAGUAGUUUGAUCCAGACUGAGUGUGAGAGGACUGAGAGUGAAGCCAGGAUGGAAAGUUCAGAGGAAGAGGAUUCCUCUGAUGCACCUUGUGCUUCAUUUGGUCCUGAGAAGAAUAAAAAAGACUCUUCUCAAUAUGACAAGCGGAUCCCUCCAGUCAAGAUAACAGUCUCUAACAUCAGCAGUGAGUCACUGUCUCUGCAGUGGGACACUCCUGCUGAUGAAGUGGAGAGUUUUACUGUGACCUGUUCCACUGAGGGAGAGACUGAUCAACAAGUGACCACACACACCAACAGAGUAACACUCAGCAACCUGAAGCCAGCAGUCUGUUACUCCCUCCAUGUUUCUGCACAGCUGAAAGAUGGAAGACGAAGCAGUCCAGCCACGACAGUAGCUAAAACAAUCAGAGAAGGUUUGAACCAGACCGAGUGUGAGAGGACUGAGAGUGAAGCCAGAAUGGAAAGUUCAGAGGAAAAGGAACUCACUGAUGCAGCCGAGGCUUUACCAACUUCUGAGACAAGGGCAGAAGACUCUUCUGAAAAUGACAAUGUUUCUUCGCCAGACCAAAAAAGUCCUGAAGACAGUCAAGAGCUGAACUCUGACCCCAACAAUUGUGUUCACUCGCCAGAAAGUGGAACCCAAAGCAAAGCAGCCUCCAUGUCAGAGUCAGCAGUCAGAGAAGGUUUGAACCAGACCGAGUGUGAGAGGACUGAGAGUGAAGCCAGAAUGGAAAGUUCAGAGGAAAAGGAACUCACUGAUGCAGCCGAGGCUUUACCGACUUCUGAGAUGAGGGGAGAAGACUCUUCUGAAAAUGACAAUGUUUCUUCACCAGACCACCAAAGCCCUGAAGACAGUCAGGGGUUGAACUCUGACCCCAACAAUUGUGUUCACUCGCCAGGAAGUGGAACCCAAAGCAAAGCAGCCUCCAUGUCAGAGUCAGCAGGAACCGACCUGAAGAGCUUUCUGGAGGAUCUGGGAUUGGAGCAGUUCUACACACAGAAACUAUCACUCAGUAAGAUACUUCAGAUUGAUAAGAAGACCACUGAUGAUCAACCUCCCAAGUGUAAAUCAGACCUCCCGUGGUAUUUCUUAAAGAAACUGAUGAUGGUGAAUGUAACAGCAAGAAAUGUGAACGAUACAUCAGAAUGUAAAAGUGGUGUGUCAGGGAGUCCUGUGUUAGAUCUAAAAAAAUUCAUUGUUACUUUAAAGUCAGACAAAAUGUUGAACCCCCUCGACAUAAUCACGGCUCUCUUUCUGUGUUCUGGUGGUUUUGUGCAGCAGGAAUUAGCCCUCAAAAUGUCCAUGUGUCAGUUUUCUGUACCUCUGCUGCUUCCUGAUUGUGAUAAAAAUCAGAGCACAUUGAUGGUGUGGGCUUUGAGAGACAUUGUUAAAAAGUACAGACCCAAAUCACUCUCUGAUCCCAAAGGUUUCACUGAAGACAGAAUGGUUGUGUCUGAACUGCCAAUGAUCUCUUUUGUGAGACUGGGUGAGUGCUCUUUGUCCAAGUCAGAGAUCCUCAACAAGCUCCUGAGCAGCUCUCAGCAGUACCAUGACACCUUUGUUCACCACAACAUGGACUGUGGAGACAGUCCACGAAGAAUAUCCAAUGGACUGACUGAGAUAACUUGGUACCUUCCUUGUGGCAGUGAAAACACUGAUAUUUUCAGCCACCCAGUGGCUUUAGCUAACCUCAGAGGAGACAUUGCCUCUUUCCAAACACAGUUCUCCUUUUUGUGUCAAACAUCUGCAGCAGUCUUUGUUUUCUUUGACAAUCUAAACUCUGUGUAUACACUGCUGACAAACCUGAACAGCAAGUCAGAGAUAUUUUUAGUGGGAAACCACCAGAGCAGGAACUGUAGUCAAGAUGCUUUGAAACAAAUAGCAACUGACAUGUCCUUGACAGAUGACAACAUCAUUUUGAAGACAAAAGGCAUCAAUGAUGCAGACUUUGUCAGAUAUCUGAGACAAGUAGUUACUCGUGUAGUUGAGAAAACAAAGAUGAAGAUGCGAAUUGAGCAGAUGGCUGAGGUUGCUUAUGAACUAGGAAUCUUAGUGGAUGAAGACUCUCCAGAGUGCGAGGCUGGAAAGAAAAAAGCAGAUGCCAUCACUGCUGGAAUUCAAGACAUCCUAAAGUACAAAGAAGAUCAGCUGCCAUUGCAAGGCCAACUGUGGAAAGACUUGACUUCCUUAGAGAAGGAACAGUUUCGACUUCGAAAAGUUAGAUCUGAAAACAUUGAGAAGUACAAAAGUGACCUUCAGCUGCAGAAAAAUGAACUGCGAAAGAAACAAAACUCAUAUGAUAUUUCCACAGCAAUGAAAUCCUUUAUCAGUGCAAUAUCAAGCAACGCUUUAGAGAGAGGCUUUUUUCUGAAGUGGAUGCGAAUUAACCUUGAUGACAUGUCUCGUACAAUACUGUCUGUAUUGAGAGAGCAGUACAAAGAAAAGUGCAAGAACUCUGAGAACAAUGCAGAGAUCAAAGAAAUUGACCAACGGCUUUCAAACAGUUCACUGGGUACUGAACACUUCUUCCGUGAAUUGGGUCAAAUCUAUGAAGCUUCACAAGCUCUUCAGAAAACACAAAAAUCACAUCUGCCCAGACUCGGUGCACAGCUGCUACUUGAUGGAUUUCCACUGGAGCUUGUAGAUGGAGAUGCUUCCAACAUCCCUCUGAGCUGGAUCAGUGAUGUUCUCUCUCAGCUCGAUGACUUGGUGGGUUCUAAGAACAGGAUCCUGGUUGUUACAGUUCUGGGAGUUCAGAGCACAGGAAAGUCCACUCUCCUCAACACCAUGUUUGGAGUGCAGUUUGCAGUCAGCAGUGGUCGAUGCACUCGUGGUGCCUUCAUGCUGCUCAUCAGAAUUGAUGAAGAGCUCCAAGAAGAGCUCAACUGUGACUUCGUGAUGAUCAUUGACACUGAAGGCUUGAGGUCACCAGAACUCACCCAGCUGGACAACAGCUAUGAACAUGACAAUGAACUGGCAACACUUGUUGUGGGGCUGAGCGACAUCACCAUUAUCAAUAUUGCAAUGGAGAAUUCAACAGAAAUGAAGGACAUCCUCCAGAUAGUCGUGCAUGCUUUCCUCCGGAUGAAGGAAGUGGGCAAAAAGCCACAAUGUUACUUUGUUCACCAGAACGUGUCUGAUGUUUCAGCCCAUGAGAAGAACUUAAGAGAUCGGAAGCUGCUCUUUGAACAGUUGAAUGAGAUGACCCAGGCAGCAGCCAGAGUGGAAAAGAAAGAGCAGAACAAGAGCUUCACUGAUGUGAUGGCGUAUGAUCCUGACACUGGGAGCUGCUACAUUCCUGGUCUCUGGACUGGAAACCCUCCAAUGGCACCAGUCAACACAGGCUACAGCGAGGCUGUUUAUAAGCUCAAGAAAAACAUCAUCAAGCUCCUGAGAAACAGAGAUUCAUCUGUUAACAAAGUGUUGGAGUUUAAAGAGUGGAUGACAAGUCUGUGGAAUGCAGUGAAGCAUGAAAACUUUCUCUUCAGCUUCAGAAACAGCCUCGUAGCUGACGCCUACAUGAGACUCUGCACCGAAUUCAACAAAUGGGAAUGGGAGUUCAAAAAAGAAAUGUACAACUGGGUGGCAAAUUCAAAAACCAAGAUUUCUAAUUUUGGUACCCUUGCUGCACAAUCACAGACAUGUGACUUGAAACAAUUUCACAGACAGUUAAAAACUGAAGCUAUUAAAGUGAUGUCUGGCUGGGAGUCAAAACUACUUGACAAAGUAACUCAGUACUUCAAGCAAACAGGUGGUCAUGUCAAUCUGGUUGUUGGAUACAAAGAAGAGUUUGCAAACAGUGCAAGAAGCCUUCGAAAACAAACUGAGAGGUCUGUACUUGAUCAGCUUCAAACAGCAGUGGACAUCAAACAGGGGAUGGCAGAGCUUGAGAGAAUUAAAGAAAAUCACACAAAAGAAAUUGAAAAAGCAGUGUGUGAGCUGAUUGACAAAUGUCGAAAGAAAAAGGUUCAGAUGAGUGAUGAAGAGCUUGACAAAGAAUUCAAUCAGAUGUGGACUGAAACUCUGAGCAAACUGACUUUUCCUAAACAAGAUGUUACAGAUGUGUUUGGAAAUGUUCACUGGCAUUUGAGAGAAAAUGUGAAAUACAGGGGAAGUCAUGUCCAACAGAUAUUAGACAAAACAAGACUAGAAGAUUGUGGGAAGGAGUUUGUGAAAUACACAAAACAAGGAAUCUUCACCAAGCUCAAAAAUAAAGUGCUUUGGUGGUUCAACAGCAGUGACGAAAGCACCAAAAUCACACAAAAAUAUUCUGAGGCCAUCAUCAGCACUUGCACAGAAUUUGUAGCUCAGAAAAAAAACCAAAAAAACAAUUACCAUGACACUUACAUUGAAGAAAUACUGCAGAAGAUUGACCAGUUUCUGGAAAAAAAUCAAGAUCUAAAGAUAGACACAGAGUUUGAAGUUUCUCUGAAACUGCACAUCUGUGGAUUCGCAGCCAGAGAAUUUCAGAAAAUGCACGAAGAUUUCUUACAAAAAAAUGAUCCACACAAAUGUCUGAUGGAAUAUAAACCAGAGUUUUGUGCUGGUUUCAAAGAUGUGUUUCAUAAACGAGAUCAGUGCCAGAAGAAAGCUGAAGAGUUUGUCUUCAAAUGCUUGAAACCUGCUGUUGAAGACUUCAUCAAUCGUUACCUGGGUCUUUCUAUUGUGGAUGAAAUGCUGAAGAAGAAGGAAUUCAGCACACGAGUUUCUUUCCAGUACUACAUUUUACUGGAUUUGCUUUCAAAGCAAAACUUUAAUGACUAUUUGACCUUCACUUCCUCCUAUGAGAGCUUUGUAAAGAAGUGGAUCCUUCAAAAAAUACAGGAGCAUUUCUCAAGUUCCUCCAAAACAUUUGAGUUUGAGAAGCGACAUCUUGAGACAAGUGUCAGCCACAUAAAUGAAGCCAUUAAAAAGGCCAAAACACUAAACAGAGAGAAUGUGAAAACUUUAGUGGAGGAAAUCUGCAAAGAGCUUGGUGAUAAACUGGUCAUUUCCCAGCAUGCACUUGAAGCAUUCAUGUUCCUGAACAAUGCUGAUCAGGAGAAAUUUGCUGACUACCUCACAAUUUCUGUAAAUGACAUGGAAGUAACUCUGAGAGAGAAGUUCAAAACCUCUACAUUGAAAGACAAACUACAAUGUCUCCACAUGCAGCCUCAAGAUGAGCUUUUCCAGAAAGUGAUCGGAUGUGGCAAACAGUGUCCAUUCUGUGCUGUUCCCUGUGAGGCUGGAGGAGAAGCUCAUACACAACACAGGGCCUCAUUACACCGACCAAAGGGUCUGGGUGCAUGGAGGUGGAGUGACACAGAGAAACUUUUAAUUAACAUCUGCUCAUCUCUUGUUGAAAGUGAUGUGUGCUUUCGUUAUCCUCAGAGAAACAUUGAAAGUCAUCCUUACAAGAGGUACAAAGAAAUAUUUCCUGACUGGGAUAUUUUUCCAGAUGGAAGUCUUGAGACUUCAGACUACUGGAAAUACAUCAUGACUAAGUAUAAUGAUGACUUUGCCAAAGAGUAUCAUGCAGAGCCUGCUGACAUUCCUGAAACUUGGAGAGAGAUCACACAUCAGCAGGCAGAAGAAAGUCUUAAAAAAUCAUUUUACAUGAAGUGAGACUUUUGAUUUACAUCACUUAUUCUGAGUGUGAAGAGUGACAGCUUCAUAUGUUGUACAUUAUUCUCCUCUUAAAACUUACAUGAAAUUAAGUUACUUUUAUUGUCACUCCACAGAUAUUUAAUCACUAUCACUUAUACU